AUGGCUGGCGGGAUGGAGGACGAACUGCAACGGCUGUGGCAGCUGCUCGCCGAGCUCUCCUCCCAGCUCACCCAGAACCGCGAACAGACCGAACAGCUCAAGAAGCAGGCCGACGAGCUCAAGACACAGGCCAUCCACACCGGAACAGGAUAUGCCCUCAAACGAUUCAAUGUCGACCUCAGCAAGGAACAAUUCGAAUCAGAGGUCGAACGGAUGAACGCCCAGCUGGUCAUCGAAAACCAGACCCUGCAGCACGAGAACCGCAAUCUGACCAUCCUGCUCAAAGAUCACGAAACCACACUCGAACAGAUCAUGACCCGAUUCAGGAAUCAUGCACAUUCUACCCAACUACACGAACUCGAACUAACCAAGUACUACGAAUCCCUCGCCAUCCAAAACAUAUCGAUCCUCAUCCAAAAAGCCAUGCGAGAACUCUCGGGCGAAGAGCCAUACCUGAACGAGGUCGACGAACUCGAGUCCCAGCAGGCCAUCAUCGACUCAGAACUAGCAACCGCCUCCCCCACCGAUCCAGCCGCACCAAUCCCGGUGGCCUUCCAAGACCCAUUCAAACCACCCCCACCCACUCUCUCGCAAACGAGACGCAAGUCCACCUCGGUCAUCGACUACAGGCCCCGGAUCAGGGACCCAUCCAGUGGAGGGUACGUCGGCAGACGGAACGGCUCACUAUCAGAUUAUGCAUUGCUGAGCGCGAUCGAGACGGAGCGGCUGCGGCGGGAGAACGACUACCUGAGGGAGAUGACUAAGCUCAGUAACGUCGUCUCGGAGGUCAUCAAGGAAGAAGACGAGGCGGCUGACGAUCAGCACCAGCUCAGUCAAGACUCAGAUAACCCUGGCCAACCCGAUCACCAGAAACAGAUCGACGGAUGGACUGCUCUUAUCCAUCACGAUCCCCAGCCACCACCCGACCAAACCCUCCCCGCUGAUCAACAAACUCAACAAGACCAACCAUAG